UGGAUCCAGACGACAGGACAGCCCAGGCUGGGGAUUUGUACGAUUUCGUUCAUUGAAGUAGGAGCAGUGAGGAAAGUUAGCAGGAUCUUAGCAAGUGUAGCCAAACCACUGCCAACUUUUAUUUGGUCAAAUCAGGAGUACCCAGUGCAAUUCUGGUGGCUGAAUGGUAAGAUGUAAAGGACAACCAAGUUGAUGUUGAACUACGAGGAGAUGCCAAAGAGAGCUGGGAUUUUUCACUCUGAAGAUUGGAAAAUGUGGUGGAAACAUCAUGCAAGUAUUCACGAUUGAAUCCUGAUCAUUUGUAUUAGAUUGCUGCAGACUGUAGAACUAGGGGAGGCCCACUUUGGAAUAGACAUUGAAGAAUUUUGAUUUAAUCACACGGCGUAUGCAUUGCUGGAGGAGGACUAGGGAGUUACCUCGAGAAGGCCGUUUGUCUGAUGUGAUACUGUAAUGCCUUCAGCGCCCAUUCGCGACGCUGGCUGACAGGGAGGUUGGAGAGAGUGAGGGUUCUGCUUGGAAGGGUGAGCUCGCUCAUCUCUGCUGUCCACCGCAUCGCCUCAGUCCUGGCUGGGCGCCGCGGUAGGUAGCAGUGGUAGUCUCUCUUCUCCCCAUAUCCUGCAUCCCAAUGCCGGCCUCUUCGAGUAAAAGCGUUCCCCAGCAGCAACAGCGAACGGGCUGUUCAGCCAUGGCCGCCGGCGACUAUUCCAUCAAUCUGACGGUGCAGCAAGUCUUGAGCCUGUGGGCACACGGCACCCUGCGGCAUUUCACAGAAAUGUGGUACUGGGUUUUCCUCUGGGCUCUCUUUUCCUCUCUCUUUCUGCAUGGUGCAGUGGGAUUGCUAAUGUUUGUGAUGCUCCAAAGGCACAAGCAAGGGAGAGUAAUAUCAGUGAUAGCCAUUGUCAUGGGAUUCCUGGCAUCCAUAACUGGAGGAAUGAUCACCAUAUUGAGCAAUGGGGAGAACUUGGCUCAAACUGAGAUUCCAGGUGCAGCAGUGGCUGGUGUAUACAGGGUAGCAGGGAAAACUAUGGCUCCGCUUGAGGCUUUGGUAUUUGGUGCUGGACAGACAGUUCUCACAGUUGUCAUCUCAUUCUCGAGGAUUCUAGCCACCCUAUGAGGGCAGGUUUCACUUAUGCUAAGCAGUACUGUUGUAGCUCCCAAUACGGGGGAUGUUUUGAAGGGGGAAAAAAACCAGUCGAAGACACCAGAAUUGAAUGCCAACCUACAAGGUCAGCAAGUUGUAUGAAAUAUCCAACCUUUGUGAUCUCCAGGCCAGUAGGGGAAGACCGUUUGCUGUUUGGAUCUCUGCAGUAUGGUGCCAUAUGUGCUUUUUUCCAGAAAUGUGGACAUGAAAGUGACUGGGGGAUCAGUGAAGGCUCACAAGCAAAACAUUUUAUACAGUCACGAUUAAUUAUUAAUGGUGGCAGAUGCACACAACUGUAAAUGCACUCUAAUACAAACUGCAGGGAGAGUGUCAGUGUUACAUGUGCCAAACUUGGAAGUUUUUAAACAUUAUUUUGAAAAUGUGAACUAUGAUAUCCAGGUUAAAAACUGGGCUGUGGGGAGAUGUUUACUGCUGUACAUAGGUAAGAUAUUUAUAAGAAUUGGACACCGGUGUUCUUGUUCAUCCUCUCUCCCACAAACCUGAGGAUAUUGUAUUUGUAUUGUAAUGAUAGAAAAGCCCCAUCAGGUGACUAGGCUUAAAUAGCACCAUUAGUGACAAGCAUUAGUGCGUUAAAAUUUUAAUCUUUUUGUAAUGACCAAUCUUGCUUUUGUUCAUCACCGCGGCUUCCUCAAACAGUGCAGAAUAUUCAGCUAUACUUUAUGGGAAUUAAUCACUAUACCAGUAAACAAAUCACCUUGACUGAUUCUUACUAUGGCUUCUUGAGCAUGUCACCUUUUUUUUGCCAAUAUGAUUGUGCACAAGCUAGCUUUCAGCAGCGUGCAUGCCAGCAGCAAAAAAAGACAAACCACUUAUUUACUCAGUUUACACUUCUUAAUAUACGUGGGAAAAUAUGGUUGAAUAUUUCUGAAUGACACUGUGAAAUUCAUACAUUUCUAUCAAUACCUACACCACCUGAGCCCUCACCAACUUCCUCACCCUUUUUUUUGCUUUGUGGAGUUUUUUUUUCCCCCUGUGGUUCAAAUGGCUGCACGGUGGUUUACAGGGUCUGCUUUCUCGGCAGAUCUGAGUUGCUGUGCUGUAGUUUACAGGGCUUGCCUUCCCAACAGAUUUCAGGUUUUGAUUUUGCAUGCACCACAAACUCUCUCACCUGUUAUAGCUGGAAAUAUUGGCUCUUAGUUAUGAAGUGGAAGUUGAAAACCUUGAUAUUGAAUACCCUUUGCAUACUUGAAGCAUGUCUGUUGUAUGAGUCCUUUUUUGUGGUUUUACAUUACUGUAGUAAAUUUAUGUGGCUGGAACUGCUCUGACACUGCUGUAACAGAGGUAGUUUUAGAGGUGAUAAAAUACUGUUAUGUUUGAUUGUAUGAGAUGGGUGUUACUGCUUAUUGAAUGUUUUGAUUUAUUUGUAACAUUGAAACUGGGACUGUAACCAAAGAUUUGUAAACCAGGUAUUGGGGUCUUGCCCAUUCUGCUGCUAAAUUGUCACUGUCUUUUUGUUUAACUUGAGUAAAUUUCUUUCUGUAAAUCAUUUUUAAACUUUGGUUAUCAACUUGAACACUUACAUUGCUGGAGACUCUGUGGGGUUCCGGAAACAUUAGGAUCCAAAUGUUCAGUUCCAGACCUAGUUUUAAUUUUGUUUUGCUAGCUAAAUAUAUUCAUGGUCAUGAAGA